GGUCUAUCAAGUCUUGACUUGCAGUCUGUGGCUCUAUCACCUACAAAACACCAACUUCUUCAUCACCUUUUUUGAUUCGGUGCACCUUCAUUAUAUAUAAUGGAAAAUUAUAUCUUUCUUUAAAAAAAUUGAAAAUUUGUUUCCCAAUCUUUUUAGUAAGAUAAAGAAGAUUCACUUGUCUCAUGAUACAAAUUUGUUUUCACGUAACAAGUUCACAACACCUCCUAUGUGUUUAUUCUAAAAUAUAAAUCCUUGAGGACUAAUUUCUCACUAUCUGAUUCCAAUACAAAUCCUUGUUUUUAUUCAAUGCAAAACCAGCAAUGUCACGCCCUUGUGAUCUUUCAAUCCAUGUCAAUGCUCAAGAAACAUUCUUUCUAAGUGAGAAAAUUGUAUCUGCAUAUUCAGGAAAGUUGAAGAAGAUCAUCAAGCAAGAAAAGAGGAAAACUCAGAUUAAGAAUUCAGUUAUUGAAAUCGAUGAUUUCCCUGGAGGUCCUUGUGGGUUUGAGUUGGCUUCAAGAUUCUGUUACAAUCAUGGCAGAAUUGAAAUCACUGUCUCAAAUGUAGCUCUUCUCCAUUGCUGUGCUAUCUUUCUAGGUAUGACAGAGAAAGUCUCAAAUUGCAAUCUCUUGAAACAGACCGAGAUCUUUCUUGGAGGAGUAUUUUACUGGUCAUGGAAUGAUAUACUUGCAAGUCUCAAGAGCUGUGAGUCCUUUUUCGCAUGUGCGGAUUCAUCAGGCCUUGUCCAGAAGCUUAUCUGUGGCCUAUUAGCAAAGAUUGCACAACAUUCUGAUAUGAACCUGAUUGCUUUUUCUUCUUCUUCUUCGUCUUCUUCUCCAGAAACUGCAUCCUGGUUCAGAUUCUCCUCCUCUUCCAAAACCACUCCUGAGUCGACAAAACCAUUUUCAUCAUCAGGAAAGCAGUGGUGGUUCAAUGACUUGGCCUUGUUACCUCCUGCAAUGAUUGAAAAAUUCCUCAAGAGUUUGGGGGCAUAUGGGAGUGAUAACAACAGCUUGAUCCUCACAAGAUUCAUCCUCCAUUAUCUGAAAAAUAGAGUUCCAUGCAAAGCUGUGCGCUCAAGGUCUGACUAUGGUGGUCUUGCAGACACAGCUGUUUAUGGGCUGAUAUCGGUAGGGAAAAGUGCAUUUUCUUGCAGAGGACUGCUGCUGAUACUGAGGAGUGUGUCAGCACUUGGUGUCAGCAAAGAUUGCAGAAAUGAGUUGGAGAGAUUGAUAGGAAGCAUUCUUGACGAAGCAACAUUGGAUGAUUUGCUGAUAGCUGGGCGUGAGAGGGGAGUUUAUGAUGUUAAUCUGGUUUUAAGUUUGAUUAAAAUAUUUGUUAAUAGCGCAAUGGAUAGCAUUCAAAGGUUGAAGAAGGUUGGAAAAUUAAUUGAUCAAUAUUUGAGUGAAAUAUCUCCUGAUCAGAACCUCAAGACCUCAAAAUUUCUUGGAGUUGCAAAGAGUUUACCAGAUUCUGCUAGAGACUGCUUCGAUGGGGUGUACAGAGCCAUUGAUAUGUAUCUUGAGGCCCAUCCUACACUUUCAUUUCAGGAAAGAACGAAGAUAUGCAGAUGCCUUAACUAUGAGAAGCUGAGUCUUGAGGCUUGUAAAGAGCUGGCUAGGAAUCCAAGAAUUCCUCCAACUGCAUCAAUGCAAGCACUCAUAUCUCAAAAGUCUCACAUCCCACAAGACCGUAAUGAUAAAGAUAUGAAAGUCAACAUAGACAGGAUGCUGAGAAGGGUGAUGGAGUUGGAGAAGGUUUGCAAAGAGAUGAAGGGUCAGAUGUCUUGGUUGGUUAAGCAUAAUCCCACCACUGACCCUUUUCAUCACAACAGCACUUUGCCUAGGCUUUGUUGAAUCUCUCUCAUCUAUCAUACAAGAAUACUUCAUCUUAUAUACAUCUUCCUCAACCCUUUUAUUUUCUUUUUAAACAAAUUCUUCCUGGUGAAACUUACGAGGAUAUGAUUACAUAAAUCAUGGGUAUGUUUCCAAUCGUGUAUGAUUGUAAUUUCUGUCUGAUUUCUUUUUUGAUAUAUUCAAAGUUGUGGGAACUAUUUGUAUUUUUUUUUCUUUUUGAAGAACUGUAAAAUGUAUAUGCUUGAAUUAAAACAGAUUUAAUUAAA